AUGAAAGCCGAGAACGAAUCCGGGUCUUGGGAAUAUACAUUGGGAUUGGCAAUGGGCGCCUCUUCCGCCGCGCUUUAUGCGCUCUCAAAUAUUGCACAGGAGUUGCUUAUUAGGCGCAAUGGGAUUCUUUCUUUCCUAUUCUGCCUCGGUCUUUUUGGAACUAUCGCCUCACUUGGCCUGUGUCUCUUGAUAAUCGAAAAUCCAAUCGGACUACUCCGGUCGCUUUUUGAAGAGCCUAAUGGAGAGGGGGAAGGCAUAGCGUCUUUUCUCUGUCUCAUGGGAUUUGGUGUUUCCUUGCUUCUUUUCUACUGUAUAAAUCCUCUUUUUUUGCGCGCAUAUGGGGCCACGACUUUCAAUCUCUCUCUGCUCACAUCAAUUAUAUAUAGCAGUGGCGGUACCGCCUUGUGGUGGUGGCUGGGAUGGCGGUCGGCCGAUACAGAGUUCAAUGGAAUGGGCGCCUUUCUGAUCCAGUAUGCGAUGGUUCUUGUCGCCGUGCUUCUUGGUCAGUAUCUUUUUCUCAGGAAAGAUUGCAAGCAAAAUUUGAUGAACGCUGGCCGAGUGUUCGACACAUCAUAA